UCCGGGGGCUCCAGUCGGUCGGUCCGGAGCUUUUCCCUGUGUGUGUGUCAUGUUGGGAAACGUUAGCGAAGCUCGGCGCCGUGAAAAUCAUCCUGUAAAUAUGUAACUAAGCCGUGUGUUAGCAGCAGUGUUUAAGGAGAAGUAGGAAGAUGGAGUCCCGGGUGGAAAGCAGGCUGAAGUUGUGUGUCUGUGGUCUCCUCUGGUGGUCUCUGCUGUUCGAGCUGGCGUCGGCAGCUUCCUUCUACGGUGAUGGCUUUGUACAGCUCAGAGCAACAGAGUCGUCCGACCAUAACACUCUCCGCAUUCGCUUCCGAACCUCCAGCACCAGUGGGCUGCUGUUUCUGGCUGUGGGCCAGGCCGACUACUUCCUACUGGAGCUCCAUGCCGGUCGCCUGCAGCUAAAACUGGACCUUGGAUCUGGAGAACAAGUGCUACAGUCAGAGAGAGGAACACAGCUCAAUGAUCUGGCCUGGCACUCUGUGGAAGUCCACCAUGAGCAGCGCAAUGUCACUUUGACCGUCGACAAGAACUCUCAUACCAGUGUGAAGAUACCAGGUUCCCAUCACAGCCUCAACAUUUUAGAUGGUCUCUAUGUUGGAGGGUCGGGAGGUUUGGACAGACCUUAUCUCCCAAGGGACCCUGUAGGCUUCAGAGGCUGCAUGGAUGAGGUGCUCUUCAAUGAACAUGACUUGCUGUCAUCUCUGAGACCGUACACUGGAUUCAAGAGUGUCUACGAGGUGUCUCUUGGUUGUAGUCCCCAGUUUUUUGCUACUGAAGUGGAUCCUAUCAGCCUCUUCAGCUCCAGGGCCUACAUUUCUCUGCCACCCUGGAAUACCCAACAGGAAGCUGUAUUUGAAUGUGUUGUGCACACAUCAGCUAAAGAGGGAAUUAUCUUGUACAAUUCUGCCAGAGAUGGAAACUUUGUAGCUUUGGAGAUUCAGGAAGGAUUGCUGGUAGCCAUUGUUGGAAAGGGUGGAACCAAAACUGAGCUGCGUUCCUUGACGUUCAUCAAUGACAGGAAAUGGCAUACUCUCAAGUUGCACUUCAGUUCCAAAAGCCUUGAGCUUUCUGUUGAUGGAGAGCUGGUGAAAACCAGUAUUAACUCUCGUUCCAAGGGGCUUCAGCUUAAAGGUCACCUUUUUGUAGGUGGUAUCGACGACAGCACCAGAUCAGAAGUUAAGAAGGUAGGACUGGUCUCUGUGUCUGGAAAGCGUGUAAGAGGAGGUUCUUUCAAAGGGUGUUUAAAGAACAUUGAAGUUAAUGGAGUAAAAGUGGGUCUCUCUGCUGCUGUAGUCACCAAAGAUAUCUCAGUUGGUUGUGAACCUGAGAAAGUACCAGAACCAUCAACCACUGUUAGCACAACAAGUGUCCCAGGCUCCCUGUUACACUCAGUGACACCAACACCUUCACUCUAUAUGUCCACUCUUGCAAGAGGCUUGGACAGAAGGUAUGGUUUGAAUUUUGUUCACCUCAAAAACCUUGUUGUUGCAGAAGGUGGUCGAGCAUCUCUUGAGGCCAAACAUAUCAAGGUUCUCCUGGACUUCAAGAAGCUUGGAAUUCGACAGUCACAGAUUAUGUUCCGAAUUGAAGAGCAACCUCAGCGUGGUCAAAUAAGGCUUGAUGUUGAUCCAGACCAAGAAGAAAGCACCUUUGGCAUGUUGGACCUUUGGCACGAACGAGUCAUGUACAUUCAUGGAGGCUCCGAGGAUCCUGAUGACUUCUUUAUGUUUUCAAUCUACUCUAGCAGCAGAAAGCAGGUUCCUGAUUAUUUGAAAGGCAGUGAGUUGUACCGAUACAAUAUUACCGUCACACCCACCAAUGAUGCCCCUGAAUUAAGCCUUCCUGAAGGGAAUCUCUUUGUUCUGUUGGAAAACUCAAAGAAACGGCUCACCACUGAUGUUCUGAAGGCCACAGACAUUGACAGCAGCUAUGCUGACCUUGUCUUUUCUGUCCUUGGAAACCUGAAUGCAGAUGCAGGAUAUCUGGAAAUUGAAAAUAACCCAGGAACAGCAGUGACAUCAUUCUCAUACAGAGACUUGGAGGAACUGAAAGUGUACUAUGUACACACAGGAGUUAGAAACUCUAGGAUAGUGCUUAGAGUUAGUGAUGGGGAAAAGGUUAGCAACACUGUGGUUCUGAGGGUCAUGGCUGUAGCACUGGAGUAUAAGAUUGCCAACAACACAGGCUUGGAGAUCAUUCAAGGAAACGCAGCUAUAAUUGGCUCAAAGCAGAUAGCUGUGCAGACCAAUGCUGUGAAACAGAUUGUAGACAUCCGAUAUGAUAUCAUUGAACCUCCACAGUAUGGAGAACUCCAGAGACUUCACUCAAGUGGUGAAUGGAGGCUCACUGACUCAUUCUCUCAGAGGCUUCUAGAAAAAGAGCGCUUGAGAUAUGUUAACAAUUAUCAAGAAAUUCAAACUUCCAACGCUACGGAUUACUUCAAGUGCAAAGUUACUGUGGCUGCAAGGGCAACAACUGAAAUUCUCUUCCCAAUUACUGUGAAGUGGGUGAAGUACACCCUAGUGAGAAAUGUAGUAAAAGACAUGGAUAAAGUCCGGAAAGUGACACUGGACUCAGACUAUCUUUUUGCCACAGCAGAAGGUGUUCUUCUGUCGGAGGAUGACAUGUAUUUUAGGGUUCUCACCACACCAAAGAAAGGAAAACUUCUGCUGGACACUACAGUGUUGGGGAAAAAUUCAUCCUUCAGUCAAAGAAAUAUCACAGAUGGUAAAGUGCAUUAUGAGCUAGUGGACAGGCCUUAUGAAGAUACCAGUGACAGGUUCAAAUUCCUGCUGUUUUCCAAACAUGCUCAGUCACAGAACUAUGAUUUUCAAGUUUCAAUUAAAGCAGAUGUCAAUAGUGUGUUUAUGAAGAAUGAAGGGCUCUCUCUUUUAGAAGGAGAAAGUAAACUGAUCACAAAAGAAGAACUGUUUUCAGAGACUUUGAGCACAAAAGCUAUGUAUUAUACUGUGAUAAACAGUCCUAAAUAUGGAAAACUUGCACGCAUCAGUCAGUCAAACUCAAAUGCAAGCUAUGACAAAAUCUUAACAUUCAGUAAUCAAGAUAUAUUAGAGAAACGGUUAAUGUACAUCCACGAUGAUAGUGAAUCAAUUCAAGAUGAGUUCACUUUCAUAGCCUCCACCAGCCAAGGGUUCAAAUCUACCAUUACGGAGGAUGAAAUUGGAUGCAAAGAAGGAACAUUCAACAUUUCCAUUCAGCUCGUCAAUGAUCAAAAGCCUGUACGUGUCAUUGAUAAAGUUUUCAACGUAGUAAGAGAAGGGCAGAGGUUACUCACUAUCGAGGAUUUGUGUUAUCAUGAUGCAGACUCUGAUUUUGAUGAUGGCCAGUUGCUUUACACACGUCGUGGAAUCCCGAUGGGAGACCUGGUGUUGGUGAAUGACACUACUCACCGGCUUUUCCAGUUUCACCAGAAAGAUUUGGAGGAAAAACGUGUAUUGUUCAUUCACAAAGGUGUGAGCACUGGCAGGUUUGUGCUCUUCGUCUCUGAUGGAAAACAUUUUGUAUCAAGUCUGUUAGACGUCAGUGCACAUGAUCCUUUCCUGAAGGUUGGUAACAAUACUGGCAUAUUAGUUCAGAAGGGAAAAUCAGUCACUUUUUCAACCACUAAUUUCAGUGUUUUAUCCAACCUGGACAUCAGAGAUGACAAAGAAGUCCUCUUCAGGCUGGAUGAGGCUCCUAAAUGUGGGGUACUUAAACAUGAUGAUAAAAAAGUGAAUUUGUUCACAUUGACUGAACUAAAGGAUGGGCUUAUCUCCUAUUGGCACAAUGACAGUAAACAACUGGCAGACCAUUUCAGUUUAACUGUGAAAGCUAAAGAUCUUCAGCUGGUGGCGAGGAUUAAUGUGAAGAUUUACCUGGAAAGUCAUCAGAGACCGCCCAUCAUCCAGCAUCACAACAUGUUACUGGUGGAAGAGGGGAAGCCAGUCAAGAUUGAUGAAACGAAACUUGAGGUCACUCAUGAGGACAACCUGCCAUCUGAGAUUGUAUUCACAGUCAAGGCUGCCCCGUCUCAUGGCUUUCUCCGGCGUUUCGUUGAAGCAGAGGAGCGUUACAUCGGAACCAAACAGUCUCCUGUCAAGACCUUUACCCAAGCUGACAUUAACGGCGGGAACAUUCAGUACAUGCAGGUGGAGCCCGACCAAGUGGACGACACCUUCAUCCUCGACGCCACCAACGGCGUUACUGACGUCAGCGAUAUCAAGAUGUCCGUCGACAUCAUCCCACGCCUCAUCCCACUUCAAGUCGUCAAUUUCACGCUGGAUGAGGGCGGCUCAAAGGCACUUACCCAGGAGCUGCUGAAAGUAACCAACCGACAUUUUUCUGGAAUCAACUUCCUGUAUGCUUUGACCGAGCUCCCGCUGCAUGGCCACAUUGAACACGCUCGACACCCCGGCGUACCCCUCACCUCUUUCACCCGGAGGCAGGUGGAGCAUGAAUUUAUUUACUACGUCCACGACAGCAGCGAAACCUUAGCUGACAACUUCACCCUGGUCGCCAAUGACACGGGCCUGAGGAAGCAGAGCGCGGCCCAGACGGUGUACAUCCAGGUUACAGCUGUCAACGACGAGCCUCCUGUUAUUACAGCCAACAGGGUCCUCAGGGUUUGGGUGUCCUCGGUGACAGAGAUCCGGCCAGAGGAUCUCAGGGCUCAGGACUUGGACACUCCCCCAGAGGAGCUCCACUUCAUGGUGACCCCACCCAGUAAUGGACACCUGGCCCUGAAGAGCUCACCCAUGAAGGCUGUGCUCAACUUCACCCAGGCCCACAUAGACCAGGGCCAGCUGCUCUUCGUUCACAAAGGAGCCAUGUCUGGAGGAUUCAACUUCCAAGUCAAUGAUGGUGUGAACUUUACUCCACGGCAGAUCUUCAGUAUCACUGCCAGAGCUCUGGUCAUCAUUUUAGAGAAAAACCGUCCACUGAAGGUGUUUCCAGGCUCCUCGACGCCAAUCACAAAUGAGAAUCUACAAGCAGUGACCAAUGACAUGAGCAACACCUCCAGCCGUGUAAUUACAUUCAGUGUGACACGACAUCCUAAACUAGGACGUCUGGUGACUAGGCAGCCGGAUAAUUCCACGCUCGAUAUCUCCACUUUCACACAGGAGAUGGUGGACAAAAAAGACGUUGUUUACAUCCAGACCCCCAUCGAGUCCGUGGGAUGGGAGGCCAUGGACUCCAUGACCCUCUCUGUUGCAUCACCACCUGCUUCCCUGGACAGCCAGACCUUCAAAAUAGACAUCUCCUACGAGAAUACAGGACCGGAACAUAACACAGUCCUGCUUGCAAACACAGGUGCUGAGGUGACAGAAGGGGAGAGUGUCGUCAUUGAUGAGUCCAAGUUGGAUGCCUCCAACCUGAUGUCGAAGCUGCCGUUGCCUCAGCGGACCACCCAUGAGGUCUGGUUCCAAGUGACCACUCUGCCCCAACAUGGUGUUAUUGUGGUGGGUGAACGGAACCUCACCAAGGAGAAACCAAAUUUUUCCCAGUAUAUUGUCCACAAAUACGGUAUUACCUACAAGCAUGACAACUCUGAGACAACCCACGAUCACUUUGCAUUCAGCGCUUGGCUAAAUCCUAAAGGUAAAACCGCACAGCGACCUCUGGACAGCAGUGACUUUAUUGAGGAGCGUUUUAAUAUCACGGUCACACCUGUGAAUGACCAGCCACCGUUACUUAAGACCAAAGCUCCAAGUCUGCGGGUGGUACAAGGAGACACAGUUGCCCUGAAGCCUGAGAACCUUAAAGUGGAAGAUUUGGACAAUCCACCUGAUGAUAUCAAGUUCACUGUGAUUAGCAAACCAAACAAUGGUUACCUAGCCCUAGAAGGAACUUUGGAUGAGUCAGUUGGUUCUUUCACACAAGCUCAAAUCAAUAACGGAAGUGUCUUCUUCGUCCAUGAUGGAAGCCCUGCAUCUGGGGUGUUUUACUUCAGUGUCACUGACGGUCACCAUAAACCAAUUUACAAACUUUUUAAUCUUGAAGUGACAGAAAUCACUAUUUCUCUGGUCAACUGCACUGAAUUGAUGCUAGAACAAGGAAAAACAUCGGUACUGCUGACCCAAGACAAUCUUUUUGCCAAGACUAAUGGUAAAAACACCACAAUUCACUACCGGAUUACGAGGCCCCCGCAGUUUGGCAAACUUUUAAAGGACAACCAAGUGGUAACACAGUUUGAGCAAGAGGAUUUAGAGAUGGGAAAAUUAUCCUACCACAUGAUCUCACUGUCCUCUGCGGAAGACAGACUGGAAUUUACUGCCUUCACUUCAGAAGCAAACCUGACUGACCAAGAGCUCAACAUCACUGUCAGACCUUUGAUCCAGGUCAGAGAAGGGUUAAGGGUUCCCAAUGGGAUUGCUGUUAAACUUAACACUGGCUUCCUUAAUGCCUCUCAACUGGCUCGUAUAAGUCCGAGUGUUCCUGUAUUUGACAUUGUGGCCCAUCCAAAGUAUGGGAAGGUGGUUCGAAUCAAACCAGAGAAGUCCCGAACAACAGAACUGGCCGAGUCCUUCAGUUACCAGGAGGUGAUGCAGGAGCGGGUUGCCUUAGAGCUCAACGCCAACAUGACAGGAGUUCAAGAGUUAAAUGAUUCACUGGUUUUUGUCUUGAAAGCUGAUAACGUCCCACCUGCUAAAGGGGAGUUCCACUUCACAAUUGUGCCAUAUGAUCCAGCACUUUUCCCAACCACAAAGAGUCCAGUCCCAACCAUAUCAUCCAUCCCUCAGACGACCGUCCAGACUUUCAGAAAUGGAACAGCUCUUCCAGGCCUGUCAACAGCGUUUCUCUCCACUCAGCAGCCAAGCAAAAACCAGCAGAAGUUCAAGGGACGCAACCGCUGGGGAAACUCCAACAGAACUAGCAUUUUCAGUACAACUGCUGGCAAGCCAACACAUGGGCCGGAGGAUUUCCCCUUUAGGAACACACCAGUUCGUGUUGAGUCCUAUCCUCAAAAAGCCUCCAACCCCCUCUUGGUCAUCCUCCCACUGCUGGCCUUGCUGCUGCUUGUAAUCAUCUUCGUGGUGCUGGUGGUCUUCCUCCGACACCACAGGCAGAGGAAGCAGAGCGCCACUGCAUCCAAGGAGGCGCUUCCCCACAGUCUUCCCAGCAGUCAGUCUUACAGUGGUCAGUCCCAGAGGAGCACAACAGUUCCCACAGUGACUGUGACUCCUAUAAACCCCACCUGCCCAGGUAGUCCUGUUCUGGAUCGGCUCCUGACACCAGGCUCGGCUUAUAACACCAUGGAUUCUUCUAUGCUUAUCAGUUCCUGGAGUAAUGGUUCCCCUGCGUCUUCCCAAAUUAUUAAAGCUACCACUCCCACUCUUCAGAAGAAUCAGUACUGGGUAUGAUGUUCAAUAAGCCAGCUCUUAGCUUUAGACACUGGACUACCCUGUUACAGCUCGAACUAAGGCUGUUCUGCAUGAGGUUAUGAACUUAAAGCUGCAUUAAUCAAGGUUUUCAUUUUAACAUGUAAACAAAUGGCAGUAUGAACACCAAACUACAUGAAUGAGGUGAGGGCACAUUUUUUAGUUUGUGUUGAACAUGUUCCUAAAAUGCAUCCAAACAACAUUAGUUCAAACAAGGCUCAAAUGUAAUCCUAAAGUAUCAAUGUUAACCUUGUGGAUGUUGAAAAAAAAUAUUCAGAAGUUCCUCUUUAAAACCCUUUCUAGGAUUCCAGUCCAACACCUAAAGAUAAGCAAAGUUAGCAAAACCAGAAUUAAACAACUUGGAUUUAGAUUACUGGUUGAUACAGGUGAUAUGGCAUUGAUUUAAGCUCAACCCACCCUUUUUCAGAGUCGGUGCCUUAUCUUGAACCAGUAUUUCAUGAAGCCAGAAAAACUGGUUCCACAGCAGGACCAAUACUUCACCGGCCGAGAACACAGUGCGCUAACACCAGGAGCUGGGGGCAGGCCCUGGGGUUUCUUUCCUCAAACAUAUUUGACAUCCGUUGCAAUCACAAUGAACAGCACAAACACACUGGAGCCGUCAUGUUUGGGUUCCAGUGGUGGCUCACAACGUCAGGACCAGCACAGAUCCAGUCAUGUAAUAUCGUGACUCUAGAUCAUGGAAAAGCCAAACCCUCUUCUGAAGGUUGGAACGACUCUGAAUAGGCACCAGAACCAGCUCUGGGUUCAUGCUGUCAGGAACUACUAUCGGAUAAUAAAGUUACAUAUUAGCUCUUCAAACCUUAGACUGCCGCAUAGUGGCCAGAAUUGAUUACUGCAGCUUUAAAGACGUUACAUUUUUGCUAAUCAGCUGUGACUUGUCUUUGACUCACACAGUCCAGUUAAAUACUGGUUUACAGACUGUUAAUAGUGGGUCGGUGGGACACACUCAUGUAUAUGUAAUCUCUGAUAUGUUGUUUCUUGGUCCUCAUGCAUGUCAGAGUUUCUCCCACUCUGGACUAUGAUCAUCAGAGCUGGAGCUAAUGCGAAGAACAGCUUGAAACUGUGAAUAAAUGAGACUGACACUGGUACAAAGAUGUAUGAUGUAUUGUCUAAGUAUUUAAGGGGAUUGUGCAGAUUUUACAAUGUUAAUAAAUAUAUAUAUAUAGCAACAUUUUGCUCAGGUAUUUUGUUAAUAGUCCGUUAUGUCAUGUUACCUUGUUAUAUGGGUUGCAUGCCUUAUCAGUAACUGACGUCUGUGUUCAAUACACGUUUGAAUAAUCCUAAAAUGGUUGAAAAUGCAGGCAUUAAUAUGACAGGAUAUGUAUCACUAACAAUAAUAUGUAGCCCUGAUUCAAUCACAGUGCUUACAUGUUGUAGCACUAUUUUUGUUCCGUAGUCUCUUUUCAGUGGGCAGUAUUUUUCUAUUCUAAAAGGCACUGAUUUUAUGGCUUCUGCACGUCAUCAGUCUGGGAUGACACUCUGGACUCUGACAUUUUACAUUUUUAUAGUUUGAAUAUUGUCAGCUGGAGGCUUUGUUGUUUAUCUGAACAAUAAUUUCACAUGAGAUUUUCUGUGACUGAAAUGAGUACUUAUGUUUAUAUGGAUUAUUUUAUCAUUGUGACAUUUUUUGCAUCAUGUACUUUGGGGUCAUGCCACUUUAAAAACAUAUCUGCUGUAAAUGAACGGUACUCUUCUGCGAGCUACUGUAUGAGCGGGAUGACAAAUUAUUGUCACGAAAAACACUGUAUAUGAAAUGAUUUUGUAAUGAGAAGUGUUUAUCAUGUGUAUUCCAGUCUCAUCUGAAUGAUGUAACCUACCAUGUAACUAAAUGUCAUUUAUUUAUACCACAUAUUUGUAAUAAACCACUUUAAAAUGUU